CUUCGCCGCCCCAUACCCUCUUCAAAGAGCUUGACAGAGUGAGAAAGGAGGGUUUUUUUUUUUUUUUUUUUUUUUGGGUUGGAUCGAUGGCGGCGAGAGUGGUGACGGUGGCGCAGGACGGUACGGGAGACUUCCUUACAGUUCAGGACGCGAUAGAUUCUGUGCCCUUCAGCAACACUUCUCGCACGGUGAUUCGUCUCAGACCUGGCAUUUACCGGCAACCAGUUUAUGUGCCUAAGACCAAGAAUUUUAUCACCCUCGCUGGUCUCCGUCCAGAGCACACUGUCAUCUCCUGGAACAACACUGCCACCAAAAUCGAACACCACCAGGCGUCUCGGUUGAUUGGGACGGGAACGUUUGGAUGCGGGACUGUGAUAGUGGAGGGAGAAGAUUUUAUUGCAGAAAAUGUCACUUUUGAAAACUCUUCUCCUCAGGGUUCAGGCCAAGCCGUGGCACUCAGAGCUACUGCAGAUAGAUGUGCGUUCUAUAAUUGCAGGUUUCUUGGGUGGCAGGAUACUCUCUACUUGCAUCAUGGGAAACAGUAUCUGAAAGAUUGUUAUAUUGAAGGAAGCGUGGACUUCAUAUUUGGAAAUAGCACUGCCCUCUUCGAGCAUUGUCAUAUCCACUGCAAGUCAGAAGGUUUUAUAACCGCACAGAGCAGGAAGUCUUCUCAGGAAUCAACUGGCUAUGUGUUUUUGAGGUGUGUAAUCACUGGCAAUGGAGGAUCUCCAUACAUGCAUCUUGGACGUCCAUGGGGACCAUUUGGAAGGGUGGUCUUUGCAUACACCUAUAUGGAUCAAUGUAUCAGAGAUGUCGGUUGGCAUAACUGGGGUAAAGCUGAAAAUGAGAGAAGUGCUUGCUUUUAUGAGUACAGGUGUUUUGGACCAGGUUGUUGUCCAUCAAAACGGGUAACAUGGGCUAGAGAACUUAUGGAUGAAGAAGCAGAGCAAUUCCUAUCGCACAGUUUCAUUGACCCUGAUCCUGAAAAGCCUUGGCUUGCUCAGAGAAUGGCACUGAAAAUACCAUAUUCUGCGUAGAAUUCAUUUCUCAAAGAUUUGAAGAUGUAAAACUCCAGUUGCCGUUGCCACCAUAGUCAUCCUGUCUUUUGCUUUUCACGGUGGCACUUCAUUUAAACAUGAAUUGAAAGGCCAACACCACAAUACUUGUUAGUGUUGUUGUUGUUGUUGUUGUUUAUUAUUUUUAACAACUCAAACACAUUCUUUAAAUUGAUAGGCAGUAGUUUGUUUGUACUUAUUAUUCUCCUCUCGACCUGGUUAUGAUAUCCUGUGC